ACUCUUUCAUUAGACUGAUGUAUGAUAAAGGUAUAUAUUUUUUUUUAUUAUAUUACAGUAUAACAGUGUCCUUGAAGUUGGGGAGGUCCUUCCUUCCUUCCUUCCUUUCUUUUUGUCCUUGGCCGAUCGCAUACCAGCACAACAAUUAUGCUACUGUUUUGUACUUUAAACAACAUUAAACUACUUGGAUAAGAUUACUGCCACAAGAUUACAAUCUGCGGAAAGAGAGCAGCUGGAGCAAGCUACGGAGCUCUUAAAGAGACAUGCUGAUGGAAAAAUAUGUCAAUGCUUUCGCAUGUUUUUUUUUUUUUUCGUGCUAAUAACUAAUUCUUUUUAUUGGUCAGGCAGAGUGAUCAGCGCGGCAUUUGCAGAAAGUUGGGCGUUUGGAAGGAGAAAGAGCGUCCAGAACUUGAGAAAUGCUCAACUUUAUGCAAAUGACAGGCGAUAAACACUAGAAGGCAGCCAAUCGUUUUGUUUACAUUAUAGGCUAUUGUACUUCAUAACAUCCAUGCAAACGCGACAGAAACACCGUAAAGCGGAUGAGUUCUGACGUUCUGGGCAGCACAGAGGGGGGCUUUGUCACUGCAGAGGACGCGCACCGUUAAACCAGGCUUUAAGGUCAUACUGCGCAGCUGAUUAUCUUCACUGACACCAGUGCUGGUGUUUGCAUUGCCAGUUUAGCUGCUGUAUGCCAGAGAAGCGAGAAAAGGACUCUCCGUCUGAGAUGAGUCUCUCAGAGAAACCGAGUGUAAGAACAGGCACACAUGUGCCCAGCUCUGUGGCUGUGAAGAGUGACUGUUCAAAAGGUGUACCACCAAAAUUCACUGAGGAAACCCCAUCAUCUACUAAAAGUGAAAGAUCAGGCUCAUCUUUUUCCAGCUCUAUGUCUGUUAAGAGUGAUCAGUCACAUGAUCCUCCACCAAACUUAAGUGAGGAAACAUCAUCAUCUACCAUAAGUGCAGACAUUCAGACUCACAGGAACCAAAAGAAUUUCAAAGACAAUCUCCUGUCGAUCUUCGAGGGUCUUGAGAGCGAAAUAAUCCAAUUUCUGAAAAAUGAGUUGGAGAAGUUUAAGAAAAUAUUACAAAAAGAGAACAUGCAAUACUUUGUGGAGGAUUUUAAUAAGAAUAGAUGCAGUAUCAAGGAAAUAGCUCUUGAUCUCACACUCUACUUCUUGAGAGACAUGAAUCAAGAUGAAGCUGCUGAUACUCUAGAAGAUGAGCUGGUUUUCAUUCAUCAACUAAAAUGUAACCUAAAGAAGAAAUAUCAAUGUGUGUUUGAAGGAAUUGCAAAACAAGGUGACUCUACACUUCUGAAUAACAUCUACACAGAUCUCUAUAUCACCCAUGGUGGUAGUGAACACAUAAAUAUUGAACAUGAGGUAAGACAGAUUGAAGUUACUUCCAGGCAUCAUGAAUCACAAGAGAUACAGGUUGAAUGCACAAAGAUGUUUCAAGCUCCUGAACAAGACAAGGAGAUCAGAACUGUACUGACAAAAGGAGUUGCUGGCAUUGGAAAAUCAGUCUCUGUGCAAAAGUUUGUUCUGGAUUGGGCUGAAGGAAAAGAAAAUCAGGAUAUCAGCUUCAUAUUUCCUCUUCCAUUUAGAGAGAUGAACUUAAAGGAGAAAGAAACACAAAGCUUAACAAGUAUUAUUAGUCAGUUUUUCCCAGAAACAAAAACACUGAACUUUAAAAGAAGGAAUCGGUUCAAAGUCCUGUUCAUCCUUGAUGGUUUGGAUGAAUGUCGUCUUCCUCUGAACUUUGAUGGUAAUGAGACAUGGUCUGAUAUAUCAUCACCAGCAUCUCUGGAUGUUCUCCUGACAAACCUCAUCAAGGGAAAUCUGCUUCCUUCUGCUCUCAUCUGGAUCACCACCAGACCAGCAGCUGCCAGUAAGAUUCCUCCUGAUUGUAUCAACCGGGUGACAGAGGUCAGAGGGUUCAAUGAUGCACAAAAAGAAGUAUACUUCAAAAAAAGAUUCACUGAUCAGAAUCUGGCCAGUGAAAUCAUUGAUCAUGUAAAAAAAUCAAAGAGUCUCUUUAUCAUGUGCCACAUCCCAGUCUUCUGCUGGAUUUCAGCCACUGUUCUCCAGAAUAUUUUGGAGGAGAAAAGAAAUAAUGAUCUGAAAAACAAUCAGGCUGAUAAUGCCUCCAACACACUGCAGGAAUCAAAUACCGAAGACAUUCCUAAAACUCUGACACAAAUGUACACACACUUUCUCCGCUUUCAGAUCCUGCAGAGCAGACGAAAGUAUGAUGGAGAAUACAGACCAGAUGUUUCCUGGGAUAAAGAUGCCAUCCUUUCACUGGGGAAACUUGCAUUUCAUCAGCUGGAAAGAAAUAACCUGAUCUUCUAUGACACAGACCUGGAAGCAUGUGGUAUUGACAUCUAUAAGGCAUCAGUGUAUUCAGGCAUGUGUACCCAGAUCUUUAAGGAGGAAACAGGGAUCAUUCUUGGUACCAUGUACUGCUUUGUUCACUUGAGCAUUCAAGAGUUCAUUGCAGCCCUUUAUGCACAUCUGUUUCUAGACAUCAACAAGAAAAGUGUUUUUUUUCAAGAAUCUACAGAACAGGAACACAAAAAUAAAGCCAUGAUUGAUUUGCUCAAGACUGCAGUGGACAAAGCACUCGAGAGUGACAGUGGACACCUGGAUCUUUUUCUUCGUUUCCUUCUUGGUCUGUCACUCCAAUCCAAUCGACUUCUUUUACAAGGUCUGUUUACACAGCAAGAUGGCAUUGACCAGAGCAAAAAGGAAGUAGUUCAGUACAUCAAGCAGAAAUUAGAGGAUAAUUUGUCUCCAGAGAGAUCUAUCAAUCUGUUCUACUGUCUGAAUGAACUGAACGACCAAACUCUGGUGAAAGAGAUUCAGACUCACCUCAGCAAAGGAAGUCUGUCAUCUUCUGAUCUUUCACCUGCCCAGUGGUCUGCUUUGGCCUUUGUGUUGUUGACAUCAGAGGAGGAGCUGGAGGAGUUUGAGCUUCAGAAAUUCAAGAAAUCAGACGAGUGUCUCAUUAGAUUAUCAGCAGUCAUCAAAACAACCAAAAGAGCUUUGCUAAAUGAUUGUAACCUUACAGACAAAAGCUGUCCAGCUCUAGCUACAGUUCUUGGAUCAGAUACCAGUCUGAAAGAACUGAAUAUGAACAAUAACAAUCUGCAGGAUUCAGGAGUAAAGCAUCUCUGCACUGGACUAAAGAGUGUAAAUUGCAAAUUAGAGAUACUGAGACUUUCAAACUGCAGUAUCACUGAAGAAGGUUAUAAAGCUCUGGCUUCAGCUCUGAGAUCAAACCCUUCACACCUGAUAGAGCUGGAUCUCACAGGAAAUGAUCCUGGACAAUCAGGAGUGAAGCAGCUCGAUGAUUUACUACAGGAUCCAAACUGUCAACUGAAGACACUGAGGUUUUUGGUUCCUGCUGCAGAUGAAGCCUGUCAGUAUGUGACUGGAAUUGUGGGUAAAAACCCAUUAUUCCUGAGAGAGCUGAAUCUGAGUGCGUGUGAAUUAGGAGACUUGAAACAGCUUGUUCCUCUACUGCGGGAUAAACACUGUACACUCAACACACUGAUACUUUCAGACUGCAGUAUCACUGAAGAAGGUUAUAAAUCUCUAGCUUCGGCUCUGAGAUCAAACCCUUCAUAUCUGAUAGAGCUGGAUCUCAGAGGAAAUGAUCCCGGACAAUCAGGAGUGAAGCAGCUCAAUGAUUUACUACGGGAUGAUUCCUGUAAAUUAAAAGCCAUCAGGUUUCUGAAAAGUCCUGCCGCACAGAAAGCAUGUGAUUAUCUCACUGAAGUUCUAGGUACAAGUCCAUUAUUACUGAAAGAACUGGAUCUGAGUGAAGUUAAAUUAGGAGACCUGGAUGGGGAGAAACUCUCUGCUCUUUUGAUGGACUCUCAUAGCAAACUGGAGAAAAUUAAGGUGAAUAAUUGUAGGCUAACAGAAAAAAGCUGUUCAGUUCUAGCUACUCUUCUCUCCUCCAAAACCAUCCUGAAAGAGAUGAACCUGAACAACAGCCGUUUGCUGGACUCAGGAGUCAAAGAGAUCUGUGAGGGACUGAAGAAUCCUGUGUGUGAGCUGAAGAUACUCAAACUUUCAGACUGCAGUAUCACUGACGAAGGUUAUAUAGCUCUGGCUUCAGCUCUGAGAUCAAACCCUUCACACCUGAUAGAGCUGGAUCUCACAGGAAAUGAUCCUGGACAAUCAGGAGUGAAGGACCUCAGUGAUUUACUACAGGAUCCAAACUAUCAACUGAAGACACUGAGGUUUUUGGGUCCUGCUGCUGAUGAAGCUUGUCAGUAUGUGACUGGAAUUGUGGGUAAAAACCCGUUACUCCUGAGAGUUCUGAAUCUGAGUUUACAUAAACUUGGAGACACACGAGUGAAUCAGAUCGCUGCUCUACUGCAGGAUAAACACUGUAAAAUCAACACACUGAUGCUGUGUGAUUGUGGUCUAACAGAGGAAAGCUGUUCAGCUCUCGCUACAGUCCUGAGAUCAAACUUCAGUCUGAAAGAACUUGACAUGAGCAACAAUAAUCUGCAGGAUUCAGGAGUGAAGAAACUCCAGAAUGGUUUAGAAGAUGCAAACUGCACACUGGAGAAACUCAGACUUUCAAACUGCUGUAUUUCUGAAGAAGGUUAUAAAGCUCUGGCUUCAGCUCUGAGAUCAAACCCUUCACACCUGAUAGAGCUGGAUCUCACAGGAAAUGAUCCUGGACAAUCAGGAGUGAAGCAGCUCAAUGAAUUACUACAGGAUCCAAACUUUAAACUGAAGACACUGAGGUUUUUGAGUACUGAUGCAGAUAAAGCCUGUCAAUAUCUGACUGGAGUUGUGGGUAAAAACCUGUUACUCCUGAGAGAGCUGAAUCUGAGUGAACGUGAACUAGGAGACACACAAGUGAAUCAGAUCGCUGCUCUACUGCAGGAUAAACACUGUAAACUAAACACACUGACUCUGUGUAGAUGCAGUAUUACAGAGAAACAGUGUUUCAUCCUGACUUCAGCUCUGAAAUUAAACCCAUCACACCUGAGAGAACUGAACCUCAGUGAGAAUGAAAUAAAAAACACAGGAGUGAAUCACUUAUGUGACGUAUUGAAGGAUUUACACUGUAAACUGGAGAGACUGAGGCUUUCAGACUGCAGUAUCACUGAAGAAGGUUAUAAAGCUCUGGCUUCAGCUCUGAGAUCAAACCCUUCACACCUGAUAGAGCUGGAUCUCACAGGAAAUUAUCCUGGACAAUCAGGAGUGAAGCAGCUCAGUGAUUUACUACAGGAUGAUUCCUGUAAAUUAAAGAUCAUCAGGUUUCUGAAAAGUCUUGCUGCACAGGAAGCAUGUGACUAUCUCACUGAAGUUUUGGGUAAAAGUCCAUUACUUCUGACAGAACUGGAUCUGAGUGAAGAUAAAAUUGGAGAUUUGGACUGGGAGAAGCUCUCUGCUCUUUUGAUGGACUCUCAUAGCAAACUGGAGAAAAUCAAGCUGAAUAAUUGUGAGCUGACAGAGAAAAGCUGUUCAGUUCUAGCUAUUGUUCUCUCCUCCAAAACCAUCCUGAAAGAGAUGAACCUGAACAACAGCCGUCUGCUGGACUCAGGAGUCAAAGAGAUCUGUGAGGGACUGAAGAAUCCUGUGUGUGAGCUGAAGAUACUCAAACUUUCAGACUGCAGCAUCACUGAAGAAGGUUAUAAAGCUCUGGCUUCAGCUCUGAGAUCAAACCCUUCACACCUGAUAGAGCUGGAUCUCACAGGAAAUGAUCCUGGACAAUCAGGAGUGAAGCAGCUCGAUGAUUUACUACAGGAUCCAAACUGUCAACUGAAGACACUGAGGUUUUUGGGUUCUGCUGCAGAUGAAGCCUGUCAGUAUGUGACUGGAAUUGUGGGUAAAAACUCGUUACUCCUGAGAGAGCUGAAUCUGAGUGAACAUGAACUAGGAGACACACGAGUGAAUCAGAUCACUGCUCUACUGCAGGAUAAACACUGUACACUCAACACACUGAUGCUGUGUGAUUGUGGUCUAACAGAGGAAAGCUGUUCAGCUCUCGCUACAGUCCUGAGAUCAAACUCCAGUCUGAAAGAGCUUGACAUGAGCAACAAUAAUUUGCAGGAUUCAGGAGUGAAGAAACUCGGAUUAGAAAAUACAAACUGCACACUGCAGAAACUCAGACUUUCAGACUGCAGUAUCACAGAAAAAGGUUAUAAAGCUCUGGCUUCAGCUCUGAGAUCAAACCCUUCACACCUGAUAGAGCUGGAUCUCACAGGAAAUGAUCCUGGACAAUCAGGAGUGAAGCAGCUCAGUGAUUUACUACAGGAUCCAAACUGUAAAUUGAAGACACUGAGGUUUUUGGGUCCUGCUGCAGAUGAAGCCGGUAUAUAUGCAACUGGAGUUCAGGGUGAAAACCCAUUACUUCUGAGAGAACUGAAUCUGAGUUUACAUGAACUAGGAGACACACGAGUGAAUCAGAUCACUGCUCUACUGAAGGACAAACACUGUAAACUUAACAUACUGACUCUGUGGGAUUGCAGUAUUACAGAGAAACAGUGUGACAUCCUGACUUCAGCUCUGAAAUCAAACCUAUCACACCUGAGAGAGCUGGAGCUCAGUGGAAAUCCAAUAAAAAACACAGGAGUGAAUCACUUAUGUGACAUAUUGAAGGAUUCACACUGUAAACUGGAGAGAUUGAGGUUAAGCUGCUGUGAUAUGACAGAUGGAGGUUGUUCUGCUGUUACCUCAGCUCUGAAAUCAAACCCGUCACACCUGAGAGAGCUGGACCUGAGUGGAAAUAAACUAGGAGACUCUGGAGUUAAAAACCUCAGUGAUCUACUGAUGAACCCACAAUUCAAACUGGAUAAAUUACAUUUGUGUGAAUGCAGUAUUACAGAGAAACAGUGUUUCAUCCUGACUUCAGCUCUGAAAUCAAACCCAUCACACCUGAGAGAACUGAACCUCAGUAGGAAUGAGCUAAAAAGCACAGGAGUGAAUAGCUUAUGUGAUGUACUGAAGGAUUCACACUGUAAACUGGAGAGAUUGAGAUUAAAAUACUGUUUAAUGACAGAUGAAGGUUGUUCUGCUGUGACUUCAGCUCUGAAAUCAAACCCAUCACACCUGAGAGAGCUGAACCUGAGUAUGAAUGAAUUAGGAGAAUCUGGAGUGAAAAACCUCAGUGAUCUACUGAUGAACCCACAAUGCAAGCUGGAAAUACUAGAUUUGAGUGAAUGCAGUAUUACAGACGAGCAGGGUCUCAUCCUGACUUCAGCUCUGAAAUCAAACAAAUCACACCUGAGAGUGCUGGACCUCAGCGAGAAUCAAAUAAAAAACACAGGAGUGAAUAGCUUAUGUGACGUACUGAAGGAUUCAGACUGUAAACUGGAGAGAUUGAGUCUAAAUUUCUGUGGCAUUACAGACGUUUCUUCUUUAACUCAGUCUUUGACAAACACAAACGCACUGCAGUUUAUAAAAGAGCUUGAUCUGAGAAACAAUAUGAUUGGAGUGCAGCAGCUGAUUCAUGUGCUGCGAGACUCAAACUGUGAACUGAGACUAGACCGUGAACAGACUUUGUUUAGAGCUGCUACAAAGCACACUGGUACGAAGUUUACAUCCUGCUCUAAAUCUUAAAAUCUUGUGAAAUGAAAAGGACUGUCAUUAUCAGGUGAGGAUCCUCAGAAGAGCCUUGUUAUAGUACUGUAUGAAGAUAAAUGAAUAUGUGUGAUGUGACGUCUGUACCCAGAAUCUAUCAUGUUCAUUACAUAUUCAAACAUGAACUCUUUUU